CAAAAACAGAAACAAAACACCGAUAUAUUUACAAGACCAAUACAUCGAUAGGUCGGUAAUUCAUACAGUUUGUUUGCUACCAUACCAAUUGAAAACAACGUGCAUUGAAAAAUAUAAGUAAUAAAAAUCCACAAAAAUGCCGUCUAAAAUGAAGCCUCGUCUGUCCCGCGGCGUCUUGGACAUGAAGUUUAUGCAGCGCACCAAACUGAAAGUUGCCAAGGAGGAUGACGACGAACAAAGUCGCGCAUUAUAUUCCAAUGAGCUCAAUACUAAAAUGUUAAACAGCAACUCGAAUUUCAUAAUUGAGCCAAGUUAUGCGAUUUGUGAAGGCUUGAUUGAUGGACGUCUCAGCUUCCGCGGGAUGAACCCAGAGAUAGAGCGUUUAAUGGAACUGGAGCAGGUGGAAAAGGAUGGCAAAUCGCGACCCGAACAGCCCAAAGACGUGACCGAUCAGGAGAUGGUGGAAACUUAUUAUGCGAAUCAAGCGCCGGCUGCAAGCAAAACAAUGGGCAAGAAAUUCAGUACGAAAAAUGAGUUUCACAAGCGUAAGUCAAAUGAACAACAACGAUUGCACAAAAAAGGACAAUUUAAAAAGCCGCGCCAAGAUGACGAAUAAGUGUAAUUAAUAAGGUUAAUUUAGAAAACAUAAUAAACACUAAACUUGUAAAGCUACUCCUGUUUCACAGCCUGCAGAGCAUAACAAAAUUGUGUCGAAUUGAUCCAACGCCAAGUGUUGCGCCAGAAAUCGUAGGUGCUCCCAUUGAUCAAUACAGUUUGACAAUGCACUGCAAAAGAGAAUUGUAAAUAGAAGAAGCAAUUUGAAUAGUAAGUUUUCCUGCUCACUUGUAUCCAAUAUGCGCUGCACAUCAAGAGGCGCAAUCAUUUUGUCCCAAUGAUGUGUUCCUUUGGGCGCCAAGUUCAGCACAUAUUCCCCUAAGACAAUGCCACCCAGCCACAUGGGUAACGUUUUAUUCAAUG